GUGCGCCCAGCAUUUGCAGGUGGUACGUGUCAAUCAUAUUUCUGUAGGGGUGAGCCUUGUGUCUAGGAUUGGUGGCCAUCUGUUGGUGGGAUUGUAAUUACAAAGAGUUACAUAAUAUUUGUUUAAACAGAAGAGGGAUUGGAGAAUGCAGGCAAAAGAAGGUGGGGUGAGCUCAACAUCAAUUAAGAUCAACAUUUCUGAUCCCUUGUCUAAAGAAAGAAGAGGUGCAACAAGCAAGGUUGGAAAAUGCAUAUGCAGGUAUUUGACAAAAUUGUGGGAGUUCUGUAAGGAGGAUCCUAGCAGACUAACCUUCUCUCUCAAAGUGGGACUAACAAUAUUCUUAGUUUCAUUGCUGAUCCUUGUUAGAGAACCCUAUGAUGUGUUUGGGCCCAAUGCUGUUUGGGCAAUUCUCACAGUGGUGGUAGUCUUUGAGCAGACUGUAGGUGGCACUGUUGGAAAGGGAUUGAAUAGGGCACUGGGGAGUAUUGCAGCAGGAGUUUUGGCUCUCCUUGUUGCCCAAAUUGCCUUGAUUGUUGGAGAGGUAGCUCAGCCUAUAAUAAUUGGCUUCAGCAUCUUCUUCCUCGGCUCAUUGGCAACUUUCAUAAAGCAGUGGCCAUCUAUGAGAGAAUAUGAAUAUGGGUUCAGAGUGUAUAUAUUCACAUUCUGCCUUAUAGUAGUUUCUGCCUACAGACUGGGGACUCCUGUGAGAACCACUGUAGAUAGGCUUUAUUCAAUAUCUAUAGGAGGUGCUGCCCCAAUGCUAGUAAGUGCUGUUAUCUUUCCCAGCUGGGCAAGCGAGCAACUCCAUCAACAGAUUGUGAAGAAUUUUGAGUAUGUCGCUGAUUCACUUGAAGAAUGUGUGAAGCUAUACUUGGAGGACGCUGCUUUGGCUCAUGCAAGAUCUACAAAUAUCGUGCAUGACAUGGAAUACUGUGAUGGAGAACCAGCUUUUAAAAGAUAUACAACAGCAUUGAAUUCUUCUGCAAAAGAAGAAACUCUGGCCAAAUCUGCAAAAUGGGAACCUCCACAUGGAAGGUUCAAGCUUUUCUUCUAUCCCUGGUCUCAAUAUGUAAAAGUGGGUGCAGUACUCCGUCACUGUGCAUAUGAAGUUACAGCCCUCCACCGCUGCUUGCACUCUGAAUUACAGGCCCCUCAAAAUCUGAGGAAGGAGUUUGCAAAAGAGCUUCGAGAUGCAAGCACACACGCUGCAAAACUGAUCAGAGAGCUGGGAAGCAACAUCGACAAAAUGCAGAGCUCCUCGUUUGUAAUGCUGUUGAAGAAAGUGCACACUGCUGCAGAGCGCCUUCAGAAUAAAAUUGACACUCAUUCUCAUCUAGUCCUCCCAAAAACCUCUAAAGAAUUGGAGACAAAGCCCUCAUUAAUAUCAUAUCCUUCUGAAGGCCUCUGUAAUGGAGAUAAUUCUUGUGAUGGAGUUGAAUUUUCUGAAAUGAAAAAGAUUAGCCGAAGGCUUCAUUCGUGGCCUUCUCUAGAAGUAGACAUGUUGGAGGAGGGGCAUAUGGAUGACCAUGCUCAUGAAGUGCCUAAGAUUACAGGCCAUGAGAGUAUCAAUGCUCUCUCAUUCAUUACCUUUGCUUCUUUGCUCAUUGAGUUUCUUGCCAGGCUUGAUCAUCUUGUUCGCACUGUGGAACAGCUUGGAAAGCUUGCAAAAUUCAGCCAUGGAUGAUGGCAUUUGAUCAUCUCUUAGAUUAUUAUUAAGGAUUUGAUAUUAUUGUGGGGCUAACAAUUAGCUUCCACAUGAAAUAACUUCUUUCAAUGUUCACUGCUAUGAACCAUAUCUAAUGGUGGAAUUGCCAAUAAAUUUUUUCUUAAUCA